UUCCUUUCUCUCUCUUCUGCCCUAAUUUUAAUUUUCCCCCAAAUUUAUCCCUUUCCAUUUCUAGCUUCCUACUCUCUACAUCCUUCGACCUCGAUUCACAACAUAUCAUAUUCCAAUUCUAUUCCUUCCGAAUCGUCUUCCCCGAGGUAGGGAACGAAUUGAUUGCAUCUGGAAGCACGGAUUUUACUUUGUCAUUGACAGUCACAAAAUCAUUCCCUUUAUUGGGUGUUUGGUUUACUUGUCCUUACUUUAAAAAAGGGGUACAAGAUUGAAGUAGUUUUGUUAUUUUUAGUUAGAAGAUUUUGUUGCUGGAAGAAUUGAUUACUGGCACAGUUGGUUUUGUUCAUAUGGGAUCAGAAAGUGUAGCUCCAGUGGUUGAGACAUCAAAAAACAGGUCUUCUUCUGGUAAAAUGAACCAAGGGAAAGUCCCCAAGAGAGUUCACAAGGCUGAAAGGGAGAAAAUGAAGCGUGAACAUUUGAAUGAACUCUUUCUUGAUCUGGCCAAUGCACUAGAUCUAAAUGAGCAGAACAAUGGAAAGGCUUCUAUAUUGUGUGAAGCUGCUAGGCUGGUUAAAGACUUACUCUGUCAAAUUGAGUCCCUCAAGAAGGAGAAUGUUACCCUGUUGUCUGAAUCUCGUUAUGUGACCAUGGAGAAAAAUGAUCUGAAAGAGGAAAAUUGCAGCCUAGAAACUCAAAUUGAGAAACUGCAAGGUGAGAUACAGGCAAGAGUGGCUCAAUCUACACCUGACCUGAACGUACCUCCUCAUUUGGAACUUGAUCCAUUGGAGCAGACAAAUUUUCCAGGACACAGUCUCCAGUUGCCCACUGCGGAACCUAACUUGCAGCAAGGAUCUGCAGUUUUGGUUGUCCCCUUUCGUCCAGAUCUUGAAGCUGCUUUUCAAGCUCCUAAUGUCAUUGAGCUUACGCCAAAAUCUACAUCUGUUGUUAGUAAACCACAUGCCAGGUAUCCCACACCAGCAGAUUCAUGGCCGUCACAGCUGCUAGGAGAGCAACCAACUUCAAAUUAAUUUGUAGAGUUACAGUUUCAGUAUUGGUUUAACCUGACAACUGGUUGCCUAAUAGCAAAUUAGCAAUGCUGCUGUGGACCUUCCAUGUAUAAAUUAUAUAUAUUCAAUGAUCUAAGAAUUUUAAUCAUUUCUGU